GAAAAAUGACAUACAACUACCUCGGAGGUUAAACGAAAUACGAGGCUGCCGGCGAUCACUGGCCAUGUCAAGAAUCGACUGCGGAGAAUAAAUGAUGGAACAGCAACCCACUUGACCAGGCUCACAGUCCAUCAUCUACCUGUACUGCGGUACUCUUUCUUCCCUUUCCAUGCUUAUCCGGUAGUCUGUACUUUGUCGUCCCGUGAUGGGCUCCUCUCCUCUUCCCAUCAGCUUGCAGAGCAAGUUCCAGAAACCAAGGGCCCUGUCCAGGUUACGAGACUAUCAGGCCAACUUCAACAUACUUCGAAAUGUAAUCUUUGCCUUGUUUAUCCUGCGAAUCGUGCGAAAGUCCUUCUGGUUCCUACGCGGCCAUGGCAUCAUCGGCUCGCUUAUGCUCCUGUACCGAAAUGUACACAAAGCAGCGUAUAAAGUGUUUCUCAACCUUCCGGGGGUGAGGUCGCAAGUGUCGCGGGAGCUGGAAAAGGCGACCAAGGAGAUUGAGGAGAAACUUGUACCAUCGGGACCGGGCAUAAACCAUUAUCUGAAUCUGCCCAAGGAGCCAUGGACCCGUGAACAACUGCAGACGGAACUGGAGGCACUGGCAUCGAUGAAGAGAACGAGGUGGGAAGAAGGGAAAGUGUCUGGGGCAGUGUACCAUGGCGAACAGUCCCUGAUUGACAUUCAAAACGAUGCCAUGAAGUUGUUCAGUGUGGCGAACCCGAUCCACGCCGACGUGUUCCCAGCCGUGCGCAAGAUGGAGGCCGAGGUGGUGGCCAUGGUACUGGCCAUGUUCAACGCACCCGAGUCUGGGGCCGGGACCACGACGUCCGGAGGGACCGAAUCGAUUCUUAUGGCCUGUCUGUCCGCGCGGCAAAAAGGGUAUGCAGAGCGUCGGAUCCGGGAGCCGGAAAUGAUCAUCCCUAGUACAGCCCAUGCAGCAUUUCACAAGGCGGCCAGCUACUUCAAGAUCAAGCUACAUCUCGUCGACUGUCCGGCUCCCGAGUACAUGGUGGAUAUCAACAAGGUACGAAGACUGAUCAAUCCCAACACUGUUCUGUUGGUCGGGUCGGCGCCGAACUAUCCACACGGCAUUGUGGACAAUAUCCCGGCGCUCUCGAAACUCGCUGUUUCCUACAAGAUUCCGUUGCACGUCGACUGCUGUCUGGGCUCGUUCAUCAUGCCCAACCUCUCCAAGGCUGGGUUCCCGUCUCCUUGGGCCGACGAAGGCGGUUUUGAUUUUCGCCAGCCCGGUGUGACGUCCAUCAGCGUGGACACGCACAAGUACGGCUUUGCACCCAAGGGCAACAGCUGUAUUUUGUAUCGUAACCGCCAGCUACGCGAGUACCAAUACUUCAUCUGUCCAGAGUGGUCGGGUGGCGUCUAUGGUUCGCCCAGUAUCGCGGGAUCUCGACCGGGCGCCUUGAUUGCCGGAUGCUGGGCAAGCAUGAUGUCGGUGGGCGAGAAGGGCUACAUUGACGCCACGCAUAAGAUUGUCAGCACCAAACUCACCAUCGAAAAUGCGAUCAAGGAACAUCCCGUUCUCAAGGAAACGCUGCGUGUCCUCGGCCAUCCCAUGGUCAGUGUGGUGGCCUUUGAGUCGAUCGAUCCGGCCAUCUCGAUCUACGAUAUUGCCGAUGCAAUGGCCCGCAAACAAUGGCACUUGAACUCGCUGCAGGGUCCGCCGGGUGUCCAUGUCGCCGUGACAUUGCCCAUGACCCGCCAAGGGGCUGUUGACACGUUGAUUGAGGAUUUGGUGUCUGUGGUCAAGGAGGAAAAGGACAAGGCUGUCGAGCGCAUCAAGGCCGGCGGACCUAUUGAUAAAGGUAAAGCAAAGGGGUCGAGUGCUCAGCUUUACGGCGUCGCCGGCAGUCUUCCGGAUAAGACGCUGGUGGAGAGGUUGGUCGUGGCGUACUUGGAUACGCUGUAUAAAGCUUGAGAUUGAGACACACGAGUGUUGUUUAACAAUGUUACAAUGUCAACAUCCCAACCAUCCUCCUCGAUCAAUAAUGGAAUUUGUUCUUGUGUGUCGACGUUCAUCGUUCGGUGCGGUGCGUGGAGUGUGUGACAAAGUAUUACUACAACUUCGUACCCGGCCGGAGCAGGCCCAAAAAGGAAGGGCACAGGCAGUGAGCAGAGGCAAGAGCAAAAAAGAUCUCAGAACAAAAAACAAUCGACAGUCAGGAUUCCCAAAUCGUCACCGACUUUAGUACUAACUGACCGGCAUUGAGCUUAAGUACCGCUAAGCGAACGGGAAGCGCUAGAGUC